AUGUGGGUAGCAGCGGGCAUGCUCUGGCUCCUGGUCUUUGGGGGGCCCUAUCAAGCCUGGGGUUCCUGCCCCUCUCAAUGCAGCUGCAGCCUUCACAUCCUGGGCGAUGGCAGUAAGGCCAGGACAGUGAUUUGCAGUGACCCGGAUAUGACCCUGCCACCAGCAUCUAUCCCUCCGGACACCUGCAGGCUUCGGCUAGAGCGGACGGCCAUCCGCAGGGUGCCAGGGGAUGCCUUCAGGUCUUUGGCCCACCUGGAGCAGCUGUGGCUGCCCUUCAAUGCCCUCAGUGAGCUCAGUGUGCUCAUGCUGCGGGGUCUGCAUCGCCUGCGGGAGCUGCGGCUGCCUGGGAACCGCCUGGUCACCUUCCCCUGGGCUGUGCUCAGGGACGCCCCCCAGAUGCGGCUGCUGGACCUGCAGGCCAACCGCCUCUCUGUGGUGCCCCCUGAGGCUGCGCGCUUCCUAGGAAAUCUCACCUUCUUGGACCUCUCCAGUAACCAGCUGAUGAGGCUGCCGCAGGAGCUGCUGCUCACCUGGGCUCACUUGAAGACAGGGUCUUUCCUUCCAGGCCACCACACCAGGCUGGUCCUAGGUCUACAGGACAACCCAUGGGUAUGUGACUGCCGACUGUAUGAACUGGUCCAUCUUCUGGAUGGCUGGGUCCCAACCUUGGUCUUCAUUGAAGCCAGAUUGAAGUGUGGCAGCCCACGUAGCCUGUCUGGAGUGGCCUUCAGCCAACUGGAGCUCAGGAAAUGUCAGGGUCCAGAGCUGCAUCCAGGGGUGACCAGCAUCAUAUCCCCUGUGGGUAGCACAGUAUUGCUGCGCUGUGGAGCCACUGGGGUCCCUGGGCCUGAGAUGAGCUGGCGAAGAGCCAACGGGCACCCAGUCAAUGGCACAGUGCACCAAGAAGUCUCCAGCGAUGGCUCCAGCUGGUCUCUGCUGGACCUACCUGCAGUGUCUGGCCUGGACUCUGGAGACUACAUCUGCCAGGCCCAGAACUUCCUGGGAACCUCCGAGAUGCUCAUCUCCCUGCUGGUCACGGAACCCCAGACUUCCACGGAGCACAGUGGGGGGCUCCCGGGGGCCUUGCUGGCAAGGGUAGGGGAAGGGGUGGAGGCUGCGGCUUACAACAACAAACUGGUGGCCAGACACAUCCCCCGUGUUCCCGAGCCUCCUGGCCGGGGCCCUCGGCCCUCGGUGGCCAGCCCGAGGGAGGAACUGACCCUGCAGCAUCUGCAGAUGGGCGCCGCCUCUGCCUCGGAUCGGCAGGAGGAGCCCCAGGAGGCCCAGAUGGUGAGGUCUCUCAAGGUGGUGGGGGACACGUACCACAGCGCGUCCUUGGUGUGGAAGAACCCCCCUUCUGGAAACGCCACGGCUGUCAGCGUGCUCUACGCGGUGUUUGGGCAGCGGGACAUGAGCAGGGUGAUGGUCCAGCCCGGGAAGACCAGCGUGACCAUCGAGGGCCUGGCGCCCAAGACCAAGUACGUGGCGUGCGUGUGCGCGCGGGGCGUGGUGCCACGCAGAGAGCAGUGCGUCAUCUUCUCCACGGACGAGGUGGUGGACGCCGAGGGCACCCAGCGCCUCAUCAACAUGGUGGUGAUCAGCGUGGCUGCCAUCAUCGCGCUGCCCCCCACGCUGCUGGUCUGCUGCGGGGCCCUCCGCAGGCGCUGCCGCAAGUGCCGCGCCGCCGCCGGGGGCUCGGCCGACGCUGCCGGGGGAGCCUACGUCCACCUGGAGAGGCUGCGCCACAGCCAGGACGGCUCCGACUUGCUCUCCAGGAAUAGCCUCAGCGAGGCGGACAGGCUCCUCUCGGCCAGGUCCAGCCUGGACUCUCAGGCCUUGGGGGUCAGGGCGGGCAGGCGCAUCCAUGAGUACUUCUGCUAA